AUGGCUCAAUUCUGUUCAGAAUUAGCUAAAGAAACAGAAGGUGGUGCCUUUAGAAGUGGUGCCAUAACUCCUGAUGGUUUAAUAGAUGAAGAUUUUGAAAAAGAAUUAGGAACCACUCCAGAUGAAGAAACUGUAAGUGAGUUCUAUGAUGUAGAAAGAUAUGGAAUUAUUGAGGUUGCAGGUGAUGAUUUAUUUGGUAGAAAAGUUAUAGUAUUUUCAUCAUGUAAAUUACCGUCCAAUAAAAACUUUGAUCAUCAGAGAUUGUUAGAAUAUAUUAAACACACUCUAGAUAAAUAUGUUGAAGAAGAUUAUGUUCUAGUUUAUUUUCAUUAUGGUUUACGGAGUAGUAAUAAACCAAAGUUAUCUUGGUUAAUACAAGCUUAUAAAGCUUUUGAUAGAAAAUAUAAGAAGAAUUUAAAGGCUUUGUAUCUAGUGCAUCCUACAAAUUUUAUCAAGAUAUUGUGGAAUAUAUUUAAACCUAUAUUAAGUGCUAAAUUUGGAAAGAAAGUUAUGUAUGUCGAUUAUUUAGUGGAGUUAAAAAAUCAUCUACAUUUUGAUCAGCUUACAGUUCCUUUACCUGUAUUAGAGUUUGACGCUAAAAGAGUAAAUGCAUUAAAACCUCAAUACCCCUACCAGUCAACUACUUUAGAGAAAGCUGGACCUUUAAAAACACAGCAAUUUGGUGUUACUUUAGAAUACAUUAAAGAAAAUUCUGGUAGGAUUAUACCUAUUGUAGUUGAACAAACAGUGGAGUUUCUAAAAGAAAAUGCUUUAGAAGUAGAUGGUAUAUUCCGUAGAUCAGCUCGUGCUGUGACUUUAAAACAAGUACAACGUGAUUUUAAUGAAGGUAAAGAAGUAGAUUUCAAUGAAAUUGGAGAUGUACAUGUUCCAGCUGUUUUAUUAAAGACAUUCCUCAGAGAACUUCAGGAUCCUAUAUUAACAUAUGAUUUACAUGAACCAAUUACUAGAUUACAUUUAUUAGAUAGUAAUAAACAGUUAGUAGAAGUACAGAGACUAUUACGAGAAGAAAUGCCUGAAGAUAACUAUAUUGUACUGAAAUAUAUCAUGCAGUUCUUAACACAAGUGACAGAGAAACAAGCUAUAAAUAAAAUGACACCCAUGAAUUUAGCCAUUGUGUUUGGUCCUAAUUUAGUCUGGCCUAAAGGUCAAUCUAAUCUCUUAUCUCUAUCCCAUGUUAACAUGUUUGCGUUGAUUCUUAUAGAUAAAUUUGAUCAGGUUUUUAUUAGAUGA